AUGCUCUCAUAUACAAAGCUUUCCCUGAACAGGCAACGUCUCUCAUUGCUGAGAAACAUGGCUACUGCAACUUCGAAAAACUUGGUUGAGUUUCAUGUUCACGGUAAUGCAAGAACAGUCACGCUAAAUAGACCUGACAAAUUGAAUGCACUAAACACAGAAAUGUGUGAUGCAAUCAUUCCUAGAUUGGUUGAGUUCUCGAAAUCGAAAUCGGCUAACUUGAUUCUAAUUAAGUCAUCCACUGAACGGGCCUUUUGUUCUGGUGGUGAUGUUGUCCAAUGUGCCAAAUUCAAUUUAGAUAAUCAUUCAAAAAAAUCCCUUGAUUUUUUUAAAUCAGAGUACAAUUUGAACUACCUUUUAUCCAUUUACGGCAAACCAAUAGUUUCUCUUGUCAAUGGUAUAGUUAUGGGAGGAGGUGUAGGAUUAUCAGUUCAUGGUCCCUUUAGAGUUGUUACUGAAACAACAAGAUUUGCAAUGCCAGAAACUUCAAUUGGAUUCUUUAAUGAUGUAGGGACAUCGUUCUGGUUACCUAAAUUGGAUGCCAAUUUGGGUUAUUACCUCUCUCUGACGGGUGAUGAAUUGAUUGGGUUUGAUACCUUGUUAGCUGGAUUUGGUACUCAUUAUGUUCCAUUAAAUAGAUUCACCGAAUUAACUGAGAGAUUGUCUGCAUUGGAAUUACCUGUUUUGGCCACCGAUAGAAGAAAAAAUACAAUCUUUAAUAGAAACAACAGUGAAGCAUUAUUCCCAAUUGUUAAUAGUUUAAUUGAAGAAUUUUCUAUUCAAAUUCCAAAGAAUCAUCAAUUUAAAUAUUCUUUAAAAGAAUUAAAUACUAUUGAAAGAUGUUUUGAUCCAAAUACACAAAAAUCUGUUAAAGAUAUCAUCAAGGCAUUAGAAGAUGAUGGUUCCUCAUUUGCACUUGAAACAAUCCAAAAAUUAAGAUCUAAAUCUCCCCUCUCAUUGGAAUUGAAUUUCAAAUUGUUAUUGAAGAAUAAGGAUGCUUCCAUUCAAGAGGCAUUAUCAAGAGAGUUGAAAUUGGCUGGUAAAUUGAUGACCAACUAUAGGGAUAAUGAUUUUAAUUCUUUUAUUAAUAACAAGUUGAUUGAAAAGAAUAAGACUCCAAUUACUUCGACAGUUUAUAAGACCAUUGAUGAUGUCUCCACGGAAACUGUAUCCGAGUUGAUCUCACUAGAUGUUUACAAUCCUAAGGUGCCUUCCUCUGCAAAUGAGGUUGAGGCAAAGGAUCAGCUAGAAAAUGAAAUCGAAUUGCUAAAUUCAUUGAAAAUUGGAAACUUCAAUGAAUUGGGUGAACGCGUCUCCAAUUUUAACCAGUACCCCCACCAUAUGGGUCUACCAACUCAAGCAGAAAUUGAGGCUUAUGUGAAGGGGACCGAGGAGUCAAAGGACGAAGAAGUUAUGGUUACAUUCAAGGAGACCCUAGAUUACUUCCAAAUGAAGUACGAUAAUAAAGCCGGUGUUGAUGCUAAGGUUAAGAUGGUCUUGAAUAGAAAGACCCAGCCAAGUCCAGUUGAUUCUGAAUACAUCCAAUGGGUCAACUGA